AUGCGUUUCGCAGAAUGCUUCAUCAGGAUCGCAGAUUACCAACCAGCCCGGAAUCGGGGAUAUGGCUCCAUUACAAAUCACAAGGAUGACAAAGAGAGAACUUACCUGGAUGAGAAGAUUCCUGUUCCAACCACAGACAGACCCGGCUUCAGCUUCCGCAAGCUCUGGGCAUUUACCGGCCCUGGAUUCCUGAUGAGUAUCGCCUACCUGGACCCGGGUAAUAUCGAGUCCGACCUGCAGUGCGGGGCAAUUGCUGGAUUCAAGCUCGUGUGGGUUCUGCUUGGUGCUACUUUCCUCGGACUGCUGUGCCAGAGGCUGGCGGUGCGGCUAGGUGUGGUGACCGGCAGAGAUCUGGGAGAAAUCUGCCGGGCUUAUUACCCAAAGGCCCCUCGCUGGAUAUUAUGGGUUUUAGUGGAAAUCGCCAUUAUCGGUUCAGACAUGCAAGAAGUCAUUGGUACCGCCAUUGCAUUCAGCCUCUUGUCAUCCGGGAAGAUUCCAUUAUGGGGCGGCGUCCUAAUAACCAUAGUGGACACGUUAUUCUUUCUGUUUCUUGAUAAAUACGGUCUCCGGAAACUUGAAGCUUUCUUUGCCUUCCUCAUCACUAUAAUGGCGAUCACAUUUGGUUAUGAGUAUGUGGUGGUCCACCCCGACCAGAAAGAGGUGUUAAAGGGAAUGUUUUAUCCGUACUGCUCUGGCUGCGGAUCCCCUGAAUUACUCCAAGCCGUGGGAAUUAUCGGAGCCAUUAUCAUGCCACACAACAUAUACCUGCAUUCCUCGUUGGUCAAGACUAGAGAAGUGGAUCGUAAGAAGAAGGAGGAGGUCAGCGAAGCGAACAAAUAUUUCCUGAUUGAGUCGACCAUCGCCCUGUUUGUGUCCUUCCUCAUUAACCUCUUCGUCAUGUCUGUGUUUGCCGAGGCUUUCUACAAAAAGACCAACUUGGAUGCUUUCAAUGAAUGUAAUCAUAGCAGCAGCCCCCACGCUGAUUUCUUCCCUCCCACCAACGAUUCCUUGGACGUGGACAUCUACAGUGGGGGUAUUAUCCUGGGCUGCUUCUUCGGGCCCGCUGCCCUCUACAUCUGGGCUGUCGGCAUCUUGGCUGCUGGGCAGAGCUCCACCAUGACAGGAACAUAUGCCGGACAGUUUGUGAUGGAGGGCUUCCUGAACCUGAAAUGGUCUCGAUUCUACCGGGUGCUGUUCACCAGAUCAUGCGCCAUCAUACCCACAGUGUUUGUGGCGGCAUUUCAAGACGUUUCUCACCUGACAACGAUGAAUGACCUGCUCAACGUUCUUCAAAGUAUUUUGCUGCCCUUCGCCCUCCUCCCGGUCCUGACCUUUACCAGCAUGCGACCUCUGAUGCACGAUUUCACCAACGGCAUAGUCGGUAAAGUGGUCGCCAUCUUGCUCACUGCGCUAAUCAUCGCCAUAAACUUGUAUUUUGUGGUGGUUUACAUCCCGAAACUGCAGCACAUCGGCCUGUAUGUGCUCGCUGGAUUCAUUCUGUUAUUUUAUGCCGUCUUCACAUUUUACCUGUUAUGGACAUGCUGCCUCGCCCAUGGAGUUAAGUUCCUGUCCAAUGAGCGACACGUUCAGUUCUCCUACGGACUGCCGGAGGACUACCAAAACCCGCCAGGGACACAGUGA